CACAACUCCUCAGCUCCCGGGACUUUUGGCACCGGAGCCCCGGACCAGCUCCGCUUCAUCCCCGGGCUCUGCAGCCGGAGAGAGGCUUCCACCAGCCGGGCACAGACCUCCAGGGUUUCACCGGUGUGAGGAUUAACUUUCCCGGGGGGUGAAGGAGGGAUUGUACUCGCGGCUCAUAGGAAAGGGAAACUCUGCAGAAGUUGUCGGUGCUGCUGAGUUUCUGAUGCGCUUGGAACCGAUUACGCGUCCCUGGAGCUCCGGCGAUGGUCGGUGGGUCGUGCUGGCGGGGGUUGAUGGCCCAGUAAGGGGGUCUGCGGUGGGAUUGAACCGGUCCUGAGCCUUCUCCUUCCUUCAUGACUGCAUCUCACCUUCUCAUGCUGCAGGGGAGCAUCUCUGGAGACCCGGACGGGAGCGACAGGACGCAUCCGGAGCUGCCGAGGCGCUCGCAUGUUUAAGUCCAAACGCUCGGGUCUUGUACGGCGACUCUGGAGAAGCCGUCUGGUCACGGAGGGCGACGGGGGGCGGGAUGGAGGCAGGAGAGCUGAGGGGGUCCGGAGCGGUGCGAGACCCCCGGGGGGGAAGCCGUUGUCCCUGGGACUCACCGGGACCGAGGCCGGGGACCUGACGGACCGGGGGGACGCGGAGGAGGAGCAGCAGCCGGACCACGGUGCCAUGUGCGCCCGGGAGCGCAGGGGCUCCGGACCGGGACACAGGGGGUCUCCAGCGGGACACAGGGGGUCUCCAGCGGGACCGGAGGGGGACAGCAGGACGGUGACGUGCUGUGUGUUCGGGGAAUGGGAUCUCCGGCCCCGGAGCCCUUGCUGGGCCCCGAGGAGGAAGGACAGAGGGUCGCCUUGUCAGUGCGCACCGAGGCAUGCCGGCCCGGAGGAUGAGCUGGCCGGCAUCGCGCACGGUUUCCUGAAGAGACUCAAGGAGAGGUCCCUGGAGGCCCUGGCCAAGGCUGUGGACGCCAAGGGGGGGCUGCCCAGCGAGUGCGUGAUGGUGCCGGGCACCGAGCUGCUGCUGGGGUCGCACCCGGUCGCCCCCCAGCUGCUCCUGGGGAAGCUGUACCGCUGGAGCGACCUGCAGGUCUCAGCCCAACUCAAACCACUGAGCCACUGCCAGAGCUUCGGAGCAGGAGACGGCUCCAAGGUCUGCUGCAACCCCUAUCACUACAGCCGCUUGUGUGGGCCAGAAUCACCUCCUCCUCCCUACUCCCUGUCCCGCUCAGACGAACAACACAAGCCACUGGACUCCACUCUGUCUUACACUGAAACUGUCGCCCCCCCCACCUCCAGUCCGCCUCACAUCAUGCCAAGAGACUACACAGACACUGGUACCUCCCUCGGCUCCUCGACCUCCGGCGGCCAUCGCUCCCACUGGUGCAGCGUUGCCUACUGGGAGCAGCGCACUCGGGUGGGUCGCCUCUACCCGGCCUACGAGCCCUCGCUCAGCAUCUUCUACGACCUACCUCAGGGCACGGGCCUCUGCCUCGGCCAGCUCCACGCCAACGCCUACCACACCCGCCGCGAUGACCCGGGCAGCCACGGCGGGUCGGGCCUACACGGACAUCCCAUCCACGGGGGCGGAGGGAGCAGCAGCAGCAGCAGCAGCAGCAGCAGUGUGCAACAGAUUCGCAGUAAAAUCGGUUUCGGCAUCGUGCUGAGCCGCGAGCCGGACGGAGUGUGGGUGUACAACCGCAGCCAGCACCCGGUGUUCGUCCACUCGCCCACCCUGGACCCCCCCAGCGCCCGGGGGCUGAGCGUGAAGAGGGUGAUGCCGGGCUUCUCCCUCAAGAUGUUUGACUAUGAACGCUCCGACUGGAUGGCUGAGCAUGACGUGAAGCCUGAGAGCCAGGAGGGGCCCUGGGACCCCCACAGUGUUCGCAUCAGCUUUGCUAAAGGAUGGGGGCCAUGCUAUUCCAGACAGUUCAUCACCUCCUGCCCCUGUUGGCUGGAGGUGCUACUAAACAACCACAGAUAGCACACAAACACACACACACACACACACACACACACACUCACACGCUCACACGAGGGCUCCUGACCCAGUAUCCUAAUUGUAAUCUACCUAGAUUUAAUAUAAAAUUUAUAUAUUAUAUAAAAUAUAUUAUACAUGUAAAUACUUGAGUCAUUUUUACAAUGCAAUUAUUUAUGUAUAGUGUAAUGUGUAUAUGGACAAAAUAAAAAAAGGAACAAGAAUAUGCACUUUUGAUUCUCUAUAUGCAUUACGGAUUCUCAGUGUCAUUUUGCAGACGUAAACUGUAAAAAAAACAAACAAACCUGGUUUGUGUUCUCAUGAGUUAGGAAUUCCAUCAACAUGUAUGACAUACACACAUUCUCAAUAAAGUUUUUGUAUUAAA